UAUGUUUGGUGUACCACAAACUCUAACUAAAAACAAAAACAUCUCCAUUAUCUUCCAAAAAGAUCAAGGAUUUCAAGAAUUACCCAUUCUAUGGACCACCACCCUCUAUCUCAACCCGUGGAUCCACCGCCGGAGCCCACUCGCGACACCAUGGCUACCGAAAUUCCACCGGAAUCUUCAAACUCCGGCGGCGUUAUGAAGAAUAAAACGAAGAAGAAGAAAAAGAAGAAUAAAGCGUGCGUCAAUGAUCCCUUUGACCCUCAUGCUUCUUCCGCUGCCUCCUAUUCAUCAUCAUCUUGUUCUACGACGUGGUUUUCUCAAAGGGGUAUUAGGGUUUCGGCAAGUCGUCGGAACCCUAGAGUGGUAAUUGGGGCCGGCAGGCAGAAAAGUGAUGAGAAUGUUGAAGCCCUUGCUCUCCCUCUCGGCAUGUCUAUUGCUGCUGUUCUUGCUCAGGUUUUGGAAAGGAAAGAUGCAGCCGGAGAAAAGAUAUCUGUGGAUCACCUCUCAGAGAUUUGUACUUUGGCUGUCCGAGAGUCUUUGGCCAAUGUCUUUGGUGACCAGUUUGAGUCUUUCGUGAGGAACUUUGAGAAAUCAUUUCGUAGUACAUUGAUGACUCUCAGAUUAAUCAGUGAGUCCUCUAUGAACGAUGGAGUACAGCAAAAUCAUUGUGCAGCGAGGACUUCUGUCUCAGAAAGAUCUGUGCCUUUGAUUUCCAACAGACUAGAAAAUCUUACAUGUGAUCCUGACUUCAGCAAGUUUCAAUCGGAGUCAUGUCAGCAGAGUGCCAUAUCAGAUAACGAACUGAGCAAUCAAGAAGAGAGAAGUGAAGGUACAUGUCUUGAAUCAAUAGGUCGGCAGCUUACCCUCUAUGAUAGGCAAGUAAGGCAGCAAUUGGCUUCUGUUUCUUCAAGCAUGAUUUCAUCCAAUACAGAGAUUAAUCAAUCUGUGAGUAGCACUUUGGAAAGAUCUGUCAUGGAGCAAGCUAGGUCGAAUGACCUCAAGACAUUUGAGAUUGGUCUUACAAUGAGGAAGUUGCAACUUAAAGAAAGGCAGCUGUCUCUCAGUUCUGAUGCGAACCUUUUGGAGAGGGUCAAACUUUCAUUUGGAAUCUCUAAGACGUCCUUCAAAGCCGAAAAGUUUAAAAAUCAAGUAGAAGACUUAAAACAUGCUGAGUUGCUUAAAACAUGUAUAGACUGCCUUGUUGCUGGUUUAUUUAUCAUGUUGGCGUGUCUUGGAUAUGGAACUUAUGUUUUCUCUCACAAAAGAAUUACUGAAGCUACAGCAUCCUGCACACCUGCCAUGGAGUACAAGUCGUCUUGGUGGAUGCCAAAAUCAAUGUCAACUUUUAAUUCAGGACUGCAACUUCUAUGGUGUCAAGUUCAAGUUCUCAGUCGCAUGCUAUUUGGUGCGCUCAUGAUAUUGGUUAUAGCCUAUUUACUACUCCAACGCUCUGCAAUUUCAAACCAGACGAUGCCAGUUACUUUCAUUCUGUUGCUGUUGGGAGUUGGCUGCGGUUUUGCAGGGAAGUUUUGUAUCGACACCCUGGGGGGCAGCGGAUAUCAUUGGUUAAUUUAUUGGGAGACUCUGUGCUUGCUACAUUUCUUUUCGAAUGUCUGUAUCUCGACUUUGUUCCUGAUCCUUAACGAACCUGUCACUGUGUCAGAAAAGAGCACGAGGGAUACAAGAUUUCCAUACUGGAUGAGGAGAUCUGUGUUUUAUACCACAUUACUUCUUUUUCUCCCGUUAUUAUGUGGUAUGAUGCCUUUUGCUGGCCCUAGUGAGUGGAAGGAUCACUUUUCUUCACUGGUUCUGGACGCUUUUAUAACUCCAGUUGAAUACUAAAAGGGAGGGAUUUCAGGCUUGUAGCCCUAUUGGAUGAACCACUGUGUUGAUCAACGCCCAUCGAGGAACUGUAGCCUAGUAUCAUCAAUUAUUACAAGAUGAGCCUAAAAUGUCUGGCUUAAGGGUGAUUAGGUUUAUGUUUACAUGUAAAGUUAUCUGUAUCAUUAGGGGCUGGCUGAAGAUUAUAGGCGAGAAGCCCUAUUAUUGGAUGAAACACUGUUUUGAUUUACGCCGGUCAAGGAACUUUAGCCUUGUAUCAUUAAUUAGUAGAAGAUGAGCGUUAAGUGCCUGGCUUAAGGGUGAUUAGGUUUAUUAUAUAUACAUGUAAAAUUAUUUGUAUCAUUAGAGGCUAGCUGAAAGAGCAAGAUGAGGCCUUGUAUCAUUAGUUCUCCCUUAUUUUUGGUUUAUAUUUUGGAGAAAGCAGGUUGAGUCUUGUAACAUCAUCUUGUGAAAAUGCAGGAUACAGUAGUACCAAAGAGCAUCUUGUAGUUUUUUUUUUUUUUUCUUUUUGUUUAAAUUAAAGAAGUGUUGGUUUGUAGAUUGUGUAGACUACUGGUACCAAUGUUCUAUGGUAAGUUUAUAUGCUUUUUCAGGA